AUGUACAACAAUCAAGGCUUUGGCCAGGGAAACCAGAGGGGUCAACAACUUGGCUUUGGCGGCCUUGGACUCUAUGCCAAGGGUAUUGCAGCUGGGAUUGGUCUUGCGUCAGAGAGUAUUCAUGCACACAAAGAAAAGAAGAAGAAGACGACGAUGCUGGCUACCGGUGAAACACAUCAGCAUCAAUCUCAGCCCCCAUAUCACGAACAAGCACGAUCCGUCGAACCACCAGCAUAUUUUCACGGUGCAGAACAAUCAUUCAUACCGGAACUAGAGGGAGAAGGAUCACAUUCGAGUCAAAAGGAAAGCUCUGGAGAAAGAGGACGCGCGCAAGGGAACGGCGAUGAGGAGCAGUGGGACUUGGAUGACGCGCAGGAUGACUUCCUCCAAUGGGAACCUGUUUAUCCCAAUAAACGUCCAUUCGCUCGUGAUCCCAAGAAAAUAGUCCAGUACUUCAUCGAUGAUUAUCCGCUACCUCAGGAAAUACAGUCACCGGGAAGAUUGACUCUGCCAGUGGUAUUACCUCAACGCAGACCCAAAGAUCGCACUCGUGGCUUCAUCAGAGCAUAUGCACCAGAUUUGAUGAAUGCAGGAAUUGAUCAGGAUAUGUUUCUCGACUUCUUGGAAACUUUCAAUACCGCCACACAAGCUUCCCCGUGGAUGAACGCUAUCAACAUGGCUGGUAUUGCUUUGUUACCAUUGCACCUCGCCCCUGGAAUUGAGCCGGAAAAGGUUGAAUCUUCCCCAUCUGCUUUCUGCACCUCAGAAAUUGUACUGAUUCGGUGCCGGAACAGACACCACACGGUCAUGGACCAGAUGAAUGAGCAAUUCUUCCAGCCAAGGGGCCUCCAUGCUAUGAUUUUGACCUGGAGACCCGAGAUAGAUGCUACAGAAGUAGGAGUCAACUUCAACGAGACAUUUCUCAAGACUACAGCCCCUCCAGAAGGUAUUGCCAAAGUUGUGCGAAACCUGAAGCCUUCUACGGGUACCACAAAUGGCGUUCCAUUUACAGAAACAGCUCCUCUUGUUUUCCCUGCUCUCGAUAAAUUGGCCGAUGAUCAAACAGGAGCAGGAAGAACAAAGAAAGAGAAGAUCAAAGGGAUGAUGAACUUCGCUAGCGAAUACUUCGACCGACGCGCGCAGGCCAAGCAUGCACUCGAGAACCCUGAUAGUCAAUUAGCCGUUGGUCCUAAGCCUACUUUCACAUCGCGCUACUCCAACCCCAGUAACUCGACAAACAGCGGUGACCUCCUCGCACUCGUCACUGCUGGGAAGCUGAGUAUGCCAGCGAGAGGGGGUUUCGGCGGGGUAGGAGGUGGAGCGCGUCUGGAUGGCCGUGCCAUAAUGAGAUCUUGCAGCCCCUUAAAUGAUAGAUUGGCAAUGUCUUACGGAGGACCAAGAGGCCGCAUGGGGAUGAUGGGUGGUAGUAUGGGUCAGCAACAGCUGGUGGAUCGGCCGAGUCCAAGCGAAAUGGGUUACAAUCAACAAUAUGCCAGCCAGACAACCAUGAACCAGAUGGAUAAUCGGAAGACGGCGAAUGAUCUUGGAAUGGGAGGACCUCAAAUUGGAUUUGGAGGAGUCAACUUGAUAGUCAACGGUGUGAUGCGUGUUCUUCGUCAUCAUGUUCUUUAUCUCCUUAUCAUCAACCUACCGACCGAAGAGGAAAUGGCAAAUGCGGCACCAUUCAUGGAGCAGACAUACUCUGAGCUGCAGAGUGCUUAG